GAGCCGGGAGGAGCUGCGGCCGCCGGGGCAGCAGCGUCACCGCUCCGGUACUGAAAGUACCAUUGAGAAAACGGCAAAAUGAGUAGUCGUCGAAAACGUGCACCUCCAUCCAAAGUGGAUGAGGAGAAGAAGAAAAAGCUCUGCUGGAAUAUGCAUGAAGACCGGAGAAAUGAGGUGGUGGCAUUAGAUGAUGAAGUAACCAAUGAGGACCACAUUCCAAUUCCAAGCACUUCUGCAUCCUUCAUUGUUAUAAAUGAUGAUAGCACUGAUGAAGAUGUUGUACAGAAAGAAGGCAGUGGCUCAAAAUCUGUUAAGUUUUUGACAGUUAACGAUGAAGAAGACUCUUAUUCCAUCUUGACUCCUGUGUCUGUGCAGCUAAAUAUUAUAGUCUUACCAUACCGUGCAGAUAAGUCCUGGAAGGCUUUGUUGGGAGAAUUUGCUCUUCAUCUGCCUUCUGAGCAAAUUCUAACAGAGGAAUUCCAUGACAGGAGCUUUACUUUAAUGAGAGGGGACUCUGAUGGUGAGCUGCAGGUCUGUGUUCAUGAAAGAAGUGAAGAAGAGUACAGUAAUGAAACAAAAGAAUACCUGGGCGCUUAUGAACAACGUAUUCUGGUGGAAGCAACUUUAAGUGGUGAAAUAUUGGAAGGCUUGAGAUGGUUGCAAAAGAAAAAGAUAAUUGGACUUUAUCAAAGACCCAGAGAGGCUCAGGAUUUAAAGGUUGGAAUUUACCUUCUUGAAGCUGGGCUAAGUAAACCAGAAUUUCUCAGUGAUGGAGGUGGAAGGCCUAAAAAAGCUAAUCAGAUGAUUCAAAAACUCAUGGAAAAGUUCUACAGUUUUUUAAUUCCAGAUGAGCUGGAGGAAGAUGAGGAAGAAUCUGACAUGGAACUAGAGCGACAAAAUAUUGAAGAGCUUUAUGACUUUGUAAGGCACACCCAUCAGCAGGAUAUCCAAUUACUGAGAAAGGAUGUGCAGCAUCCUGCAUUAAUUCCCAUUCUGAGACCAUACCAAAGUGAGGCUGUGAACUGGAUGCUUCACCGAGAGAACCACACAAGUACUCCUAGUAGUGAAAAUGCGCUGCACUUCUUAUGGCGGGAGGUGAUCACUAUGGAUGGAGUAAAAAUCUACUAUAAUCCAUUUACUGGCUGUAUUAUCCGUGAAUAUCCAACUGCUGGACCCCAGUGGCCUGGAGGUAUUUUGGCAGAUGAGAUGGGUCUUGGAAAGACAGUAGAAGUGUUGGCUCUUAUUCUGAAUCAUACUGGACCAGACAUUAAACAAGAUGACCUGACAUUACCUGAGGGUAAGCUUGUGAACUUCUUUGUCCCACCUCAACCUUUAGAGGGAAAUAAAAAGAAAAAACCAAAGGAAAUGGAGCCUAAAUUAAAGGAAAAAAUACAGUAUCCCAGCUUACGAGUAAUGAUAUUAACAGCUGUAAAGGAAAUGAAUGUGAAGAAAGGAGCAUCCAUUAUUGCAAUAUUUAAGUACAUCAGUUCUAUAUAUAGGUACGACACGCAGAGAAAUAGACGGCUUCUCAAAAGAACUCUAGAAAAACUAAUUGCAGAACAGGUGGUAGAACAAGUUAAAGGACAUGGUCUGGCUGGGUCUUUCAAGCUGGGAAAGAAUUACAAGGAACAGAAGAAGCGAGAAAGAGCCAAAGAGCAGGUAGCAAGGACUUCAGAAAGCACUCAGAAGAAGCAAUUGAUUGAUGCUAAAACUCAAAUCAAAGAAUCAAGAAACAGUGAUGUAACAUCUGAAAAGGUCUUUAAAACUGCUUCACUGGAGAAUAUCACCAUGGAAGAACAUGAUUAUUGUACGACUAGUAAAAAUUAUGGGAAAUCUGAAGCAAAUCGUGAGAACUCUGUAGAAGAGAAAGAUGUUAAACAAGAAACUAUGGUCCCAAAGUCUCCUGAUUUCCAUGGCAGCCUCCUUGUCUCCAGUGACAUGGGCAGUCAUCCUGAUGUUGAUGUUUCUAAAACUACAGCUGAUGUCCAGCAGGAAAUCCCAAAGGUCCAGUCCUCACAUUCCCAAGAACGUGCUGGCAGUAGUGUGCAACAUGCCAGUUCUGUAUUUCCAUUUAAUACCUCUGAAUAUCGUUUCGAAUGCAUCUGUGGUGAGCUCGGAUUGGCUGACUACAAAGCUCGUGUGCAGUGCCUGAAAUGUUACCUGUGGCAGCAUGCAGAAUGUGUAAACUACAAAGAGGAGAAUCUGAAGAGCAGGCCCUUCUACUGUCCCCAUUGCCUUGUGGCAAUGAAACCAGUUCCCACAGGAGCGACUCUGAUAAUUUCUCCGAGUUCUAUUUGUCACCAGUGGGUAGAUGAGAUCAACAGGCAUGUAAGAUCAUCAUCUCUUCGAGUUCUGGUGUACCAGGGUGUGAAGAAGCACGGCUUUCUGCAGCCGCACAUGCUGGCGGAGCAGGAGGUGGUGAUCACCACGUACGACGUCCUGCGCACUGAACUCAACUACGUCGACAUUCCCCACAGUAACAGCGAGGACGGGCGCCGCUUCCGGAACCAGAAGCGCUACAUGGCCAUCCCCAGCCCCUUGGUAGCAGUGGAGUGGUGGAGGAUCUGCCUCGAUGAAGCACAGAUGGUUGAAUGCACUACUGCAAAGGCUGCUGAAAUGGCACUCCGUUUGAGUGGAAUCAAUCGUUGGUGUGUCAGUGGAACUCCUGUGCAGAGAGGAUUAGAGGAUUUGUAUGGAUUAGUCCUCUUUCUUGGAGUUGAUCCUUACUGGGUCAAACAUUGGUGGGACCAGCUACUAUAUCGACCUUAUUGCAGGAAAAAUCCCCGACCUCUCUACAGUCUAAUUGCGAAGAUAAUGUGGAGAUCAGCAAAAAAGGAUGUGAUUGACCAAAUUCAAAUCCCCCCUCAGACAGAAAAUAUACACUGGCUUCACUUCUCUCCUGUGGAGAGACACUUCUACCAUCGCCAGCACGAGGUGUGCUGCCAGGAUGCGUUGGCAAAACUCAGGAAGAUUUCAGACUGGACUCUUAAGCUUAGCAGCCUAGAUAGAAGGACUGUGACUUCUAUUCUAUACCCUUUGCUACGACUGAGGCAGGCCUGCUGUCACCCACAAGCUGUUCGGGGAGAGUUCCUGCCACUACAGAAAAGCACCAUGACCAUGGAGGAACUGUUGGCAUCUCUGCAAAAGAAAUGUCGAACAGAGUGUGAAGAAGCUCACAGACAGUUGGUGUGUGCUCUUAAUGGCUUAGCUGGUAUCCAUAUCAUUAAAGGAGAAUAUGCUUUGGCUGCGGAGCUGUACAGAGAAGUACUAAGAUCAUCUGAAGAGCACAAAGAAAAGCUCAAAACAGAUUCCUUGCAAAGACUUCAUUCUACACAUAAUUUGAUGGAACUGUUGGCAAAGCACCCAGGAAUCCCCCCGACUUUGCGUGAUAGCCGACUUGCAGAAGAGGCAGAACAACUUCGACAGCAUUAUAUGAGUAAAUCCAACGCAGAAGUUGCAGAAGCCCAUCAGGCCUUACAACCAGUCCUUCAAACCAUUCGGGAACUUCAAAGAAAGAUACAUUCAGGUUCUCCUUGGUGGUUGGAUGUCAUCCAGACAGCCAUACAGUAUGCCAUCGAUGAGGAGCUUGUUCAACGUGUGCAAAACGAAAUAACCUGCAACUACAAACAGCAGACAAGUAAACUCUCCAUGGCAGAGAAAUUUCGUGACUGCAGAGGCCUUCAAUACCUUCUCACAACCCAGCUGGAUGAAGUGAAGAAGUUCCAGAAGAUUGUAAGAGAAGCAGUGAAAAACUUAGAAGGUCCUCCUUCUAAGCAGGUUAUUGAGGCUGCCACUAUCUGCCAUUUGCGACCUGUUAGACUGCCACUUAACAACUGUGUCUUUUGUAAGGCUGACGAGUUGUUCACAGAAUAUGAGUCAAAGCUUUUUAUGCAUAGUGUUAAAGGCCAAAUGGCAAUAUUCGAGGAGAUGAUAGAAGACCAAGAAGGGCUUGUUGAUGACCGUUUGCCCACCACAAGCAGAGGGCUCUGGGCAACCAGUGAAACUGAGCGUGCCUUGAAAGCUCUGCUCUCCUUUGCCAAAGCUCACCGAAUGGAUGCUAGGCUAACUGAAGAAGGGAGUGUAUUCCUGGAGCUCUUUGAAGCAUGGAAAAAGGAGCAUUUUGUUUCUGAAGUUUUAGUUGCAUUAAUUAUUGUUAUACUAGUAGUUUUACUUCAUGAGUAUUGGAUGGUCCUUAGGGAUCACGUGUCUGCUAUUGAUGAACUGGCAAUGGCGACAGAACGGCUGAGAGUGCGUCACCCUGACGAGCCAAAACCAAAUCCACCGGUGCUCCACAUUAUAGAGCCACAUGAGGUAGAGCAAAAUCGAGUGAAACUUCUGAAUGACAAGGCAGUUGCCAAAUCACAGCUUCAAAAGAAAUUAGGACAACUUCUGUACCUCACUAAUCUGGAGAAAUCUCAGGAUAAAACUACAGGAGGAGUUAACCCGGAACCAUGUCCAAUCUGUGCACGUCAACUAGGGAGACAGUGGGCAGUGCUGACGUGUGGACACUGUUUUUGCAAUGAGUGCAUAGCAAUCAUCAUCCAGCAGUACAGCGUUGGCACCCGCCGGAGCUCCAUUAAAUGUGCCAUUUGCAGGCAGACAACAUCCCAUAAAGAAAUAUCUUAUGUCUUCACUGCAGAAGCUGCAAACCAGGAGGAUGAUAUUCCUGUAAAGGGAAGUCACUCCACCAAAGUGGAAGCUGUGGUCCGAACACUGAAGAGAAUUCAAUUUAAAGAUCCAGGGGCUAAGUCCUUAGUUUUCUCAACGUGGCAAGAUGUGUUGGAUAUAAUUUCAAAAGCUUUGUAUGACAACAACAUGGUUUUUUCUCAGAUCAAUGGAAUUAGUAAAUUUCAGGAAAACCUGUCUGCAUUUAAAUAUGAUCCCAACAUCAAUAUUUUGCUGCUGCCUCUUCAUACUGGUUCCAAUGGACUGAACAUCAUCGAAGCGACUCACGUUCUGCUCGUGGAGCCCAUUCUGAAUCCGGCACAUGAGCUACAGGCUAUUGGCAGGGUACAUCGUAUUGGCCAAACCAAAUCUACGAUUGUUCAUAGGUUCCUGAUCAAAGCAACAAUAGAAGAGAGAAUGCAGACUAUGCUGAAAACUGUAGAUAGAAGCCAUACAAGCUCUUCCAUGAAACAGUCAGAAGCCUCAGUGUUGACAGUGGCAGAUUUGGCCGACCUUUUUACAGAGGAAACUGAAGAACUUGAGUAAAAACUUUUGUUUGACCUAAUGAAAUUGCAAAGUACCUGACCCAGUAAGCACCAGGAUAAAUUCCACUUCAUCUGUGAUUCCCAUAGACAUCAUCUAACAGUUGUCUGUAAUAGAGCAAUCACAAAUUAAGAAGUCUUAAUUUUUACUGAUUUAUUCUUUGGUGACACUCAUAGCAGCACACACUUUGGAUGGCACUGGAUAAAAGUUGCACUUUGCACAUUAUACAAAAACACGGAAUUUUUUUCCCCAAAGAGCAUUUGAGCUGGAUGCUAAAACUCAGAUCUUGGACCCUUGGUUGAGAGGAUUUUUACCAUCAGGCUUGAUUGGCUAGUAGCUCAGUCUGAGAGCAAAACUAUCUGGGUGGUAGGGUGGGAAAGGGAAGCAGAAAAAUAUAAAUCUAAUUUUUUUUAUUGUACAAAGAGUUGUUAGAAUACUGUAAAUUAAUAUUCUUCUAGAAAAGGCUUGUUAGAUUUAAUGCAGAGUUAUUAAAUGUCUUAUUGUUACCACUUCAAAUUACAAAUGUUUACUAAUACUUUGGAUAUUUGUAUUAGGCUUUUAGAUAUUCAUAAACACUUUUGACAGUUAAAUAUUUCAUUGUUAAUGCUUACAGCAAAAAGAUGAUAAUUAAAUUAUGCUUUUUGUA